AAGGGUACCACAUCUGAUGUGCAUGUUUGGGCCUCGGCCCUUGAACCAGCUUUGUUGACGAGUCCAGCGAAACUUUCGACAGACGACGCCAACAACCUCAUCCCCGGCACCUCGUUUGUUGUGAAAACCGCCUGGUCACCGAAGGAGCCGCAGUUCGAACUCCUCAACACCGUCACUGAUCGAGGCAAGUCGCUCACCUCCUGCACACCAUCACCGCAUUCUCCUUUAAUCCGCCUUGCAGACCGUUUCGUGUUCUUCACGGUGAUGUGUCACUUGGCGUUGGAGAUGCUGACGGAGCCUAUCGCGCUGAGCUGCGUGUGUCGGGCGAAGGUGUUUCGUCAGGAGGAGAACUUCUGGCUGCCGCCUGACCGUCGCCCCUGCACCGAAGACGUCAACAUCCAACUCACUGAGGUUGUAGAUGAGAACAAGGGCUGGAUUUUCAUGAAUCGUCUGUCUGUGCUAAACUUGAGUUCCCCCUUCUCUGACGUGAUGCGAACCCUCAAUUCCUCAACCACCGGUGUCACCGAAGGCGCUGUGCCCCAGCACCCGACCCCCUCCAACUCACCAAUCAAUCACGGCUGCCCUGAUUCCAAAGCCGAUAACGAGGAAAUGCCGAACGGCACAUGCAAUCCCGAAGAUGACGAUGAACCGCUGAUGAGCGGCAACGGGGUCGUGAUCAACGACGUGACGGACGACCAGCUGGUGGUGGCGUGGGGCGCCCUCAUGGCUGAGUGGCAGACGCGCCUCAACGCGGCCCCGCCCACCGCCGCCUCCGCCUCCCUCCCGCCGCCACCCUCGGCCGACGACGCGCUGCUCUGCGGCGGCGCCGGCGUCGAGGCCGGCCCCCUGGCCAAACGCAUCCGCCAGCUCGUCCGACGCGGCAUUCCAGACGUGCUGCGUGCGGAGACCUGGCAAAUGCUUGCCGGACACCCCGCCGCCGACCCUGGUCUCAUCGAGGUGUAUCGUAUCCUCCUUACUAAGCCCUGCCGAUUCGACACCGACAUCCAACGGGACCUGCCGCGCACAUUUCCAGCACACGAUUUCUUCCGCGAUCGGCAGGGCCAGGAGAUCCUCUUCCAAAUCACCCGGGCCUACGCGCUCUACGACGAGGAUGUUGGUUACUGCCAGGGCAUCUCCUUCAUCGCUGCUGCAUUGCUUCUUCACCUGCCUGAAAAACAAGCCUUCUGCUUGCUGGUGAAGAUAAUGUCCAACUACGGCACUCGACUCCUGUUUAUGCAGAACUGCGAGGGCCUCUUCCGGUGUCUGCACCAGUUCGAAUGCCUUCUUGCGGACCAACUGCCCGACGUCGCAAAGGCCUUCAACGACCUCGGCAUCAAGGCGCACAUGUACGCGAGCCAGUGGUUCCUGACCCUCUUUAUGACCAAAUUCCCCAUCAACCUCGUCUUCCGCAUCUUGGACAUCUUCCUCUGCGACGGCCUGCUGUUCAUCUUCAAGGUGAUGAUCUCCCUCCUGAAGGUCUCUCGCCGUGACCUCCUUGGUCUGGACUUCGAAGGCACCUUGAAGUUCUUCCGGGUCACCUUGCCCAAGCGUUUCCGCUCUCGCGAGGCCUGUGACCAGCUCAUCUUCACCGCCUCCACUGCCAAGGUUUCAGCGACGAAGCUGAUUCGUUUCGCCAAGGACUGGGAGCGGACGAAGAUGGAGGAAGCCGACAGCACGUCUCCACUGCGGGCUCUCCAGCGCGAAGUCUGGGAGCUGCGUGAGCAGUGCUCACGUCUGGAGAAGGAGAACGAGAUGCUCGCCGAGAAGGUACUCACCAGCAAAGCUGGCAUGCAGAGGGACAUCGAUAAGCUGGACGACAUGGUUGAAACCCUGAAAAUUGAACUCUUCAACUCCCAACGCGAACUCGUGGAAAAGGAGGAGGAGUGCAAGUUGUUAGAAAAUGACACAGCAAAGGUGAAAGAGAUGUUUCGACAGACGCUAGAGCGUCAUCAGCUGGAGCACCAGCAGCAGCAAUCAAUCAUUGAGGAGUACAAAACAAUCACCUCGAACCUCUCCAAGCGCGUGGAGAAGGAGGCCGACAGCGCCAGUAGCGGACUCCCCCAGACCUUCAUUGACGCGGUUCUGUCCUGCUCCGGCGACUGUCGUCGCACGCUGGACGCCAAAGCGCCCGGCUGGAGCACCAACACCUUCAAUCUUGUCGCCGACGCGAACAACGCCGACUCUUCCGUACCAUCGGGCUUAUCCCCUCUCGAGGACCAGGUCGCGUUUCUGGCCAGGCGGGUGAAGGAGUUGGAACUGGAGUUGGCGCAGAGUAAAGUGCACUUGGUGGAUGAGCAGUGCAUGAGCCAGGAGUUGAACCACCAGCUGGUGCGUGCAGCAGCAGAGCUGGAGGAGUUGAAGGCGUCAAACGCCGCCUCCCUGUACAACCCUCGUCAUUGGCUGGCCAAAAAGUGGACCACUGUGACCUCCCGAAAUGCCACCGCCGCCGCCGCCCCUGCCUCCUCCGAUGGCGCCUUCCGUUUCCAAACUGAUUAA